AUGGUGGAGGGCUUGCAUGCUGACCCGGGGCUGCUUGCUGCUGCGGCGGGGCAAGCGGUUGCGUCGCGGCCGGAAGCGGCGGCGGGCUUGUCGGCUGACCCGGGGCUGGCUGUUGUUGUGGCGGGGCAAGCGGCUGUGGCGCGGCCGGAAAUGGCGGGGGGCUUGCAUGCUGACCCGGGGCUGCUUGCUGCUGCGGCGGGGCAAGCGGUUGCAUCGCGGCCGGAAGCGGCGGCGGGCUUGUCGGCUGACCCGGGGCUGGUUGUUGUUGCGGCGGGGCAAGUGGCUGUGGCGCGGCCGGAAAUGGCGGAGGGCUUGCCUGCUGCUCGAGGGGUGUGUGCUGCCACUGCGGGCCAAGUGGCCGUGUCGCGGCCGGAAACGGCGGAGGGCUUGCCCGCUGAUCGGGGCGCUCGGGGGGCGGUUGCUGCCACUGCGGGCCAAGUGGCCGUGUCGCGGCCGGAAAUGGCGGAGGGCUUUCCUGCUGAUCGAAGGGUGGGCGAUGCCACUGCGGGCCAAGUGGCCGUGUCGCGGCCGGAAAUGGCGGAGGACUUGCUUGCUGACCCGGGGCUCGUUGUUGCGGUGGGGCAAGCGGCUGUGCCGCGGCCGGAAAUGGCGGGGGGCUUGCCUGCUGAUCGAGGGGUGUGUGCUGCCACUGAGGGCCAAGUGGCCGUGUCACGGCCGGAAAUGGCGGAGGGCUUUCCUGCUGAUUGA